GCAGCGCUUGCAGCCUCUCCAGCUCCAACUCGCGUGUCCUGGAGCCAGAGGAUCGCGAGGGCGGCAGAGGGCAAGCCUAGGGCAGAUCCUGUCCUGGCCGGCGCAAGAGGCACGCACAGUUUGAGGGUUGAGCCCCGUGAACGUCGCUGCAGCCACUAUGGUAGCCACGUGCCUCCAGGUGGUGGGCUUUGUCACGAGCUUCGUGGGUUGGAUCGGGAUCAUUGUCACCACGUCUACCAAUGACUGGGUGGUGACCUGCAGCUACACCAUCCCAACCUGCCGAAAAAUGGACGAGUUGGGCUCCAAGGGGCUGUGGGCUGACUGCGUCAUGGCCACUGGUCUCUACCACUGCAAGCCCCUGGUGGACAUCCUAAUCCUCCCGGGCUACGUGCAAGCUUGUAGAGCCCUCAUGAUUGCUGCCUCAGUUCUGGGGCUGCCAGCCAUCUUGCUGUUGUUGACGGUUCUUCCCUGCAUCCGAAUGGGCCACGAGCCUGGAGUGGCCAAGUACAGGCGAGCCCAGCUGGCAGGGGUGCUCCUCAUCUUGCUGGCUCUCUGCGCCAUUGUCGCCACCAUCUGGUUCCCCGUAUGUGCCCACCGUGAGAUCACCAUCGUGAGCUUUGGCUACUCGCUGUAUGCAGGUUGGAUCGGUGCUGUGCUGUGCCUGGUGGGUGGCUGUGUCAUCGUCUGCUGCUCCGGGGAUGCACAGUCAUUUGGAGAAAACCGUUUCUAUUACUCGUCUGGCUCCAGCUCGCCAACGCAUGCCAAAAGUGCCCACGUAUAAGAGGGCUGCUCCACUGCCCACCGAGGUGCUGUAGAUGCUGGGCCUGGGGCCCUGGGUUUGCUCGCCGCAGUGGGGGAGAAGCCCACUCUCUGCCAGGCACUAAAGCCAAAGGUCUAGAAAGCAUCCUGCCUGGUGGUUUCCAGUCUUAACACCCCAUCCACCCCACCACUUAUUGGUUCUUAAAAAAGAAAUCUCUAGCUCAGAUUAUGCCCACAUAGUUUUCUCAUUGUGUUGCCCGCUGUUAGCUCUUUCCUCGGGCAUUCCAUUGUUGUUGAUUAAAAAAAUAUUUUGUUUCUCUCUUAAA